CCAGUCACAACACCACUUCCAACGAGAAGAGACAUCACUGCCCCACACUCUGAACAAGCGAACUACACCUACUGAGAAAAAUGGACCCUUGUGAAUGCGCCAAGACUGGAACCUGCAGCUGUGCCGGAUCCUGCACCUGCACAAACUGCUCCUGCACCUCCUGCAAGAAGAGCUGCUGCUCAUGCUGUCCAUCUGGCUGCAGCAAGUGUGCCUCUGGCUGCGUGUGCAAAGGGAAGACAUGUGAUACCGGCUGCUGUCAGUGAAGAGCCUGCAUCAGCAGCACUCCAUGUCCAUGUGAUGGAGCCUGUAUGAACAAUCUGUGAAUCUCAGUUGUUGCAACAACUGAAAAUUGUCAUCACUUGUUUGGUUUUUUUUGUUUUUGUACUUGUCUUUCAAUAAUGAAAUAAAUCUGUAACGUGG